AUGAAGUGCUUCAUCGCCAUUACUGUCUGCGCCCUCUUGGCCUGCGGUGUCUUCGCCAAGGAAGCCGCCAAGAAGGAAAAGGUUGAAGGGCGCGGAGGUCUGCUGGGCGGUGGUCUCGGAGUCGGCGGCUACGGCGCUGGCGUGGGACCUGGUCUCGUCGGCGGUGGUCUCGGAGGUGCAGGUAUCGGAGCAGCUGGACUUGGCGGCUAUGGCGGAGCCGGUCUCGCUGGCCCGGCUGUGGCUGGAACUGGUCUAAUUGGAACCGGUGGUCUCGGAUACGGUGGUCUCGGAUAUGGUCGUCUCGGCUAUGGUGGUCUCGGCUAUGGUGGUCUCGGCAAUGGUGGUCUCGGCUAUGGUGGUGGUCUCGGCUACGGUGGUGGCUACCAAUCCGGCUACGGCUCGUCGGCCGGUGGCCACCAGGGAGGAUACCAGGCUGGUGCUGCUGGACACAACCAGGGAUCAGCUGGUUUCGCUGGUGGUGCUUCUACGAGGAACGUGAACGCCUACAACAACAACCAGGGUUACAGCCAUACCUCAGGAUUCUCGGCCUCUGACAGCAAGACCUUUGGCUCCGGACACAACCAGGGCUCGGCUGGAUUUGGAAAGGGAGCUGCUGGUCACCAGGGAGGAUACGGACAGUCGUCGUACGGACACAACGCUGGUUCCGGCUUCGGUGGAGGUUACCUCGGCUAAAAGUGUCACACACAUUGGAA